GUGAGGGGGAACUUUUUUUUUUUUUUUGUAUAAAAUUGUCGAUCCUUGCUUAGGGGUGAUCGAACCCCUUAACCUUGCCCUUACCAUCUCUCUCUCUCGCCUCCAUUCACUGCCCAACCCUCAAACCUCUUCACCCAAAUCCAAACUCCCAAGUUCUUAGACCGUCCCUCUCUGUUCGCUCUUCUCUUCCGCGGUGUUGAAUUGGGCGUCAAUUUCACAGUUCACCCUUUGCUUCGCCCAUCUUUGGCUGAGUUGGGUGCGAUUGGGGAAGUGGAGUUCAGAUCGCGGCUGUUUCUCUUCCGGCGUCGCAUUUGGGUCGCUGUUUUUCUCCGGCGAUUAAGAUAGGGUCAUUCUUCUCCGGCCACGGUUAAACAGCGGCGCCGUUUUAAAACGCUAUAAAGGCCGCCGUUUGAUUCGCCCUUUUCUUUUUCCGAUGUCGCGGGUACUGUCUUCUCCAGCCGUGAUUCGCAGCGCCGACGGUUUCUGGGUAGCAGGUCCUUCCGGCCGUGCUUGAAUCAGUCCGAUUCCGGCUUGGUCCUCUCCGGCGAGUUUGUAGGUCUGAACAAAGAAAUAAAAACUAAAAAGAAGAAAAAAAAACAGUCGCAUCUUGGUCUUGCCGGCGCCAUGGACUGAGUUCUUCUCCGCCGAUGGUUUGAGUUCGCCGUUUGCUUCGCCUUUUAUUUUCCGACGCGGCUGGUACUUCAACAGCGCUGCGACUGGGCUCUUUCCGGCGAUUCCGGCUGGGCUUAAAUUCCGGCGCCGUUUGAGACUCGCCCUUUAUUUUUCCGGCGUUGCAACUGGCUGUUCCCUCCAGAGAUUUUGGCUGGAUUUUGAUUUGGUUUCUUCAGCGAUUCCGGCGGCUUUUGACUGGGCUUUUCUCCGGCGAGUAUGUGGAAACUCCCAAAGCUGUGUAGCACAACAAACGUCUGGAUUUUGAGACUACCUCCGACAUUGAAGGUACGUUUCGCCACAAUGACACGACUGAAUGGGCGGUGUUAGAAUUUGAAAGGAGGCGUUUGUCUUGCCUUUUUAGACCAGCUGCAGAGGUUGCAUAUCCCCGUAUUGUGCGCCUGUUUUAUCAGAAUAUGGAAUGGUUUAGUGAUGCGCCGGACAUAUUAGCUACAACCAUUGAUGGUGUCCGAAUUUACUUUGGUGUCUUAGACAUAGCCCAGGCAUUGGGGUGUCCACAUUUGUGCCCCACUGACUUACUAGCAGAGAAUGGGGAGCUAUGUUUUGGCAAAUUCUCGAAAAAACCUACUGUGCAUUCUAUUGUUAAAGAUAUGUGUGACGGGAAGUAUGGUGACAAGAAGAAGAAGAAUUGUGCCAGCAAGUCCUCACUACCUAAGGAUAUGUGGUUUUUCAAUCAGGUUCUGAAACGGAAUGUUUUUCCAAUAGGUCAUAAGGUACAGCGGGGGCAAGAGUUCUUAAUAGCGUUGUAUGCUACCCACACUAGAGCAUGGUUUUCUGUUCCAGCUUUCAUCUUUAACCAGAUGCAUAAAUAUUGGAAGCAUUUAGUGGCGAGUGGGGAUCCGAAUGCGAAAAAAUGGAAACUUUCGUUUCCGUAUCUUAUUACCCAGUUCCUUGUCCUUCGGCGCUUUGUGGUUGAUAAUGAUGAUAUCUUUGAGGCUCCAUGGGUGACUUUUGGGCUAGCACAGUGGAACUUAAGCCUUUCUCAUAUGCCUAGUGCCAAGAAAGAAGGUGAUGGCAUGGUAGCAAGUGCUAGAGAGGACGUGAAUGCCCUGGUUGAGGACGUCGUUGGGAGGUCUGAGGAGCAGAUUGCUGAUGGUGCUAGUUAUGAGAUAGCACAGGCUGUGUCACCACAUGCAGAGGAGUCUGCAGGGGUGACUAGGGCAGAAUUCAAUGCCAUUGUGGGGCAGUUGAGGACAGAGUUAGCUGAAUCUCAAGAGCAGCGUCGAGUCGAGCAUGCUGAGCUUAUACAGCAGCACACCACUACCCAGCGCAUACUACGAGAUGUAUAUGAGAUUGUUUCAUCGAGUCUCCCACGCACUUCCACAUUGCCACUUGAUGCAUGAUUUUUUUUGUCUAUUUUAUGCUGUUCAGAUUUUUCUAUUUUAAGUGGAUGGGAUUUUAUGUGGCUAUAGCCAGAUUUUUGUGAUUUAGAGCUGGUUAUUUUAGGAACCUGUAAUUCUGGGUUUUGAUGAAAUAUUUUGGUUUAAUUCAUCCAUAUAUGUUUUGCAUUGAUGUUUUUGCUAUAGAUAUAUACAUGGAUGAUUGUUUUUGGCUUUA